CUUGUCGGGCUACAAUGCAGAAGCUACUGUGGCUGGGCUGUUUGUAUUUUCUGUGCAUCCUUGGAAGUCAAGGUAGGGGGUUGAAAAGACAGGAUGACUUUGUGCUUCUUGCAGGCCCCCUGGCACAACCAGAGCUGAGAACCUUUAGCAAUGGGGAACAUGCUGCCUUUGACUGCAGUCAUCCCAUACCAGCCAACUCCAAACUGUAUUUUGAGUACCUCCGGAGCAAAGGGGUGACACACUUCAAAGUCCCGCUGUCGUGGGUCCAGCUCCUUCCAACAGGCCUGUCAAGCGAACCCCAACCAGGUGUAGUUAGAUGCUACCAGACCCUCCUGAAGCAGCUGCUGGAGGAAGGACUGCAGCCACUCGUCAUCCUUCAUGGGUCAGAUGUUCCAGAGUCUUUGAGGUCCAGGUAUGGAGGCUGGGAAAGUCAGUGGCUGCUAGAGAUGUUUCAGCAGUAUGCCGAGUUCGCUCUGAAGGAGUUUGGGCCACUGGCACAGUCAUGGGUGACAUUUAGUGACCUGGAUGAGGUUUUGCAUGCGGGUCAGGCUGCAGGUGACCACCGUCUGCAAAACAUUCUCCAGCUGAACAAGAAGAUUUACCAGUUUUACCAUCACAACUUCCCUGGAAAUGGGAGACGUCUGUCAAUUGCGCUGAAAGGAACAGAUGAAGCUGCACUUUCCCAACUUAAAGGUUCAACAACUGUUGAUUUCUUGUCAGUGGACAUGGAUUUCAGCUGCACUUCUUCUGCAAACUUUGCACAGGAGUUGAAGAACCUACAGAUUUCCACUGGAAACAUGCCAAUCCUGAUAUACAGGCUGACACUUCACGACUGUUCACACCAUGAACAAGAGCCUCUUGGAAACUUGCUGAAUGUCGUACUAAGAGAUGAUCUGAAUAUUAUUGGAUGCGACAUGAAGGAUGUGUUGGUGCAGUUGGAGAUGCAGGAUACCGUAGACAGUGGUAAAGCACAUUUCAGCAGAAAUGGUGACGAAAUUGCUCAGGAAAAAGAUCUUUUCCUCAUGAAAGCAUUCCCUCCUGGCUUCCAAUGGGCAACAUCCACAGAGUCUUUCAAGGUUGAAGGUGCAUGGGCAGCAGGUGAAAAAGGCGAGACCAUCUGGGAUCGCUUUGGUCAUGAAAACCAAGCCUUUAAUAAUCAUACUGCUGACACAGCUGCUGACAGCUACAGAAAGGUUGAUAUAGAUGUCUACCUCUUGCGAGGUCUUGGAGUCAACACCUACCAGUUCUCCAUUUCCUGGGCCCGUAUAUUCCCCUCAGGUCACAAAGACAGCCUGUCAGAAGAAGGAGCUCUCUACUAUGACAAUCUGAUCGAUGCUCUUAUUGAAUCUGGCAUACAGCCUGUUGCCACUCUCUACCAUUGGGAUUUGCCUCAGGCUCUCCAAGACGAUGGUGGAUGGACCAACCAUUCCAUUGUUGCAGCUUACAUGGACUAUGCAGCCUUCUGCUUCCAUAGAUAUGGAAACAGGAUCAAGAGCUGGAACACAUUCAGUAGUCCCUGGGUGGUGAGCCAUGCUGGAUAUGGCACAGGUGUGCAUGCUCCGGGAAUAAAAGACUACGUGACUGCUUCUUAUCAGGUUACUCAUAAUAUAGUGAAAUCCCAUGCUGAAGCCUGGCAUGUCUACAAUGACAAUUACAGAAAGACACAGGGAGGGAAAGUGGGCAUUGCAUUAAACUCUGACUGGGCAGAACCUGCUGAUGCUGAAAAACCUGAAGAUAAGGAAGCUGCAGAGCGCUACCUCGAGUUUAUGCUAGGCUGGUUUGCCCAUCCAAUCUUCAUAGAUGGGGAUUAUCCAGAAGUUCUCAAAACUCAGAUUGCAAACAAAGCAAAAGAGUGUCCCUCAUCUGCGCCAGCAGUACUUCCAACUUUCACUGAUGAAGAGAAAGCGAGGAUCAAGGGAACUUCUGACUUUUUUGGUUUAAAUCAUUAUACCUCCCGUUUAGUUAGCAGCAGUGUAGGUGGGUGCACCCCUGGUCCUGAAGGAGUUGGAGACUUCCAGGCAAAAGUGGACCCCUCAUGGCCUGCUACAGCAUCAGACUGGAUCUACUCCAUGCCCACAGGGCUACGGUCACUUCUGAACUACAUUAAAACAAAAUAUCUACCAGUUAACAAUUUGCCCAUUUACAUAACUGGGAAUGGCAUGCCAACAGAUGACAGUGGGGACACCCUGAAUGAUGUUAGCAGAAUAGAGUACAUGAGAGGUUAUAUUAGUGAAGCCCUAAAAGCCAUUGAACUCGAUAAUGUGGAUGUGCAGAGAUUCACAGUGCAAUCGCUUAUGGAUGGAUUUGAGGGAAACAAAGGGUACAGUGAAAGAUUUGGACUUCACCAGGUUGAUUUUGUAGAUGGAAACAGACCAAGAACACCAAAACAAUCAGCAUAUUUCUUUGCUCAGAUCAUUGAGCAAAAUGGUUUUGUUUCACGUAAACAAGAUCAUUUUGAAGGUGUGAAAAUAUCACCACCUCGCCGUUCCACUCCACUGCCACCCUCAGAGGUCCCAUCUGCAUCAAAAGUAGUCUGGGAAAAAUUUACGCCACAGAAAAAGUUUGACAGGCAAAUGUAUCACUAUGGCAAUUUCUCACAAAACUUCUUAUGGGGCGUCUCAUCUUCAGCUUAUCAGAUUGAGGGUGGAUGGAAUGCAGAUGGAAAAGGGCCCAGUGUAUGGGAUACAUUCACUCAGAAACCAGGUAGUGGUAUUCCUGAUAAUGUGACUGCAGACAUUGCCUGUGACAGUUACAAUAGACUCGAUGAAGACCUUUACAUGCUGCAAGCUUUGAAAGUGAAAUCAUACAGAUUUUCUCUGUCAUGGUCCAGAAUCUUUCCCAAUGGUAGACGUGAAUCCCUGAACCAGAAAGGUGUUGAUUAUUACAACAGACUUAUUAAUGGCCUCCUGGCCAGAAAAAUCACUCCAAUGGUCACAAUCUAUCACUGGGACCUCCCACAAGCUCUACAAGACAUUGGUGGCUGGCAAAAUGUGGAGAUGAUUAACAUUUUUAAUGAUUAUUGUGACUUCUGCUUUGCCACUUUUGGUGACAGAGUAAAAUUCUGGAUGACCAUGAAUGACCCUCAAGGACUUGCAUGGCUAGGAUAUGGAACUGGACAAAUCCCUCCAAACACAGAGGAGCCAGGAACAGCACCAUACCAAGUUGCACAUAACUUGAUAAAAGCUCACGCUACAGCAUACCACACAUAUGAUAACAAAUACCGUGCUUCUCAAGGAGGUAUGGUUUCCAUUGCCCUUAAUGCUGAAUGGGUUGAACCUAAAGAUAUCAAUGUCCCUCGUGAUCUUGUUGCUGCUGACCGUGCGAUGCAGUUCAACCUGGGUUGGUUUGCCCACCCAAUUUUCAAGAAUGGAGACUAUCCAGAGGCCAUGAAAGCCCAAGUUUUGGUCAAAAGUGAACUCCAAGGUCUUUCACAGUCAAGACUCCCUUCUUUCACAGAGGAGGAAAAGAACUUGAUCAAAGGAACUGCUGACAUGUUCUGUGCCAAUCACUACACUUCAAAAACAGUAACCCAUGUUACAGGUGCAAUUUUACCACCAUCCUAUCAAAAUGACAGAGACUAUAUAGAAGAGGAGAUGACUGAUCAACCAACAACAGCAGUUGAAUUCACAAGAGCUGUAUCAUUUGGGAUGAGAAGGCUUCUCAGCUGGAUCAAGGAAGAAUAUGGUGAUCCAGAUAUUUACAUUACUGAAAAUUCAGUUUCUACUCCUAUGGAAUAUGCUUAUGAUGAUAUUGACAGAGUAUUUCUUUACAAAACUUAUAUUGACGAGGCUCUUAAAGCCUAUGAACUUGAUGGAGUCAAGGUGAAAGGCUAUGCAACAUAUCUCAUGGAUUCUUUUCAGUUCUUCCAUGGGUACCAGUUUGGGUUUGGUCUCCACUACAUAGACUUCAAUAACAUACACCGACCAAGAACACCUAAGUUCUCGGCUCAUCUCUACUACAAUAUUAUGAAGGAUAAUGGCUUUUCAUUACCAGAUGAUGAAAAGAUGUUAUAUGGAGAAUUCAAAAAGGAUUUCAUUUGGAGUAGUGCAACAGCAUCAUACCAGAUUGAAGGGGCAUGGAGACAAGGUGGAAAAGGUCUCAGCAUCUGGGACAAGUUUACACACACUCCUGGAAAUAUACUUCAGCAUGACACUGGGGACAUUGCUUGUAACAGUUACAAUAAGAUGGAAGACGACAUUGCUGCGCUAAAGAAAGUCAAGGUGUCUCACUAUCGCUUCUCCGUGUCCUGGCCAAGGAUCCUGCCUGAUGGUACUACCGAAUACAUCAAUCAGGCUGGUCUAAAUUACUACAAGAAACUUCUGGAUUCCCUUAUUGCCGCAAACAUUCAGCCUCAAGUCACUUUGUACCACUGGGAUCUCCCACAAGCUCUACAGGAUGUUGGAGGUUGGGAAAAUGAGACCAUCAUUGAACGGUUCAGGGAUUAUGCAGAUAUCCUCUUUGAGAAUCUUGGUCCAAAAGUGCAACUUUGGAUCACUUUCAAUGAGCCCUUCAUAAUAGCAAUAUUAGGCCAUGUCCAAGGCACACAUGCCCCAGGUUUCAGUGAUCGACCAGAUACUCUUCCAUACAUUGUAAGUCACAACAUAAUCAAAGCCCAUGCAGAGGCCUGGCAUGUUUACAAUGACAAAUACCGAGCCUCACAAAAUGGAAUGGUCUCCAUCACUGUAAAUGCGGACUGGGCCGAACCCAGAAACCCCUACAAACAAGAGGACUAUGAUGCUGCACUGAGUGUGGUUGAGUUUUAUCUUGGCUGGUAUGCCCAUCCCAUUUUUAAUGGUGACUACAGUCCACUAAUGAAGAGAUCUGUUCUGGAGCAAAGUCUUGCAGGUGGUUUGACAAAAUCCAGGCUUCCUGAGUUUACUCCUGAGGAAAUUAAGAGAAUUAAUGGCACAUAUGAUUAUUUUGGAUUAAACCAUUACUGCAGUGUCUUGGCAUUCCCUGUAGACUUUGGGGAAAUUCAGCACUUUGAGGCAGACAGGGGCGUGGAACUUCUUAGAGAUCGUACCUGGUUGGAAUCAGGUUCACACUGGCUGACGAUGACCCCAUUUGGCCUACGAAGAUUGCUGAAAUUCAUUAAGCAUGAGUUCGGAAAUCCUCCGAUAAUCAUCACUGAGAACGGUGUCUCUGAAAACGGACCAGUUGAUCUGAAUGAUGUACACAGGAAAUACUUCUAUGAAAAGUACAUCAACCAAGUCCUGAAAGCUUAUUUGCUUGAUGACGUGAAUGUCAUUGGCUACACUGCUUGGUCUCUGCUGGACAACCUGGAAUGGGCUGUUGGCUAUACAGAGAGAUUUGGACUUUUCUAUAUCAACCGCUCAGACCCUGAUCUGCCUCGAACCCCCAAAGCCUCUGUGUCCUUUUACUCCUCCAUCAUCAGCUGCAACGGGUUUCCCGACCCAGCAUCUGGACCUCACGAGUGUUGGAACCCUACCCCUACAGUUAUCCCUACCUCUGCCCCUACCACUACAUCUACCACUACAUCUACCACAACUCCUAAACCUGAAGGUAAGGUGAUCUGA